AUGACCGUUCCUUUAGUGCGAAAUCAAGCAGGCCAGCUUGCUCGAAUCAGGAGAUCCGUAAAAGAAAAGCGACAAGAGCAUACUGAACGACUUUUCAACUCUGCUGGUCGUGAGUUUUUGAUAGAGGUUGCUAUAGGAACACCUGCGCAGCGGUUCAAUGUUACCUUGGAUACAGGAAGUGCAACACUAUGGGUACCUUCCACCAACUGCUCCAUGCUAACCUGUCCUCACGAACGAUACAACGCAUCAGCCUCAUCGACAUUACAGCUGACCGGCACAGCAUUGCAGGUCGAGUACGGCAUAGGCAUGGCCAACGGCACGUAUGCCAUGGAUACUGUCAGUGUCGGAGGCCUGACCGUCCAAGAGCAGGCCAUUGGUUUGGCCAACGAGACCGAGGAUAUACUUGGCAGCUUUUCGGAAGGCUACAGCAACGGCAUCAUGGGCUUUGCGUUCCCUCAAAUGAACUCACUGCGCGGCAACAGCGAAGACGUGCCCUUUGUAUUCAAUUUGGCCAACAACAACCUGAUCCCUGAAGCAAUUUUUUCGAUCUAUCUCAACAGUCAGUUUCACUACGGCUAUUCGGGCGAGAUCAUGUUUGGCGGUAUCGACAAUUCAAAAUAUUCUGGCGAGAUCCAAUACGCCCCAGUCUUACCGUUUACAGUUGCUGACAAUGCGGGCCAAGUGAUUGAAAGCGCAUACCUUUACUGGACCGUUGCUGGUCUGGGCAUCCGGUCCUCAGCAGGCUACAACGGAAACUUCGAAUCGGUGCAAGCGUUUGUUCUGGACACGGGCACUACGCUGACGUACGUUCCAGAUACGGUCGCGAAUGAUUUGAUCCAGCACAUCACCCAACAGGAUCCACAGACCAUCUAUGAUGUCUUUAAUGGCGUCUAUCGUGUGGAUUGCUCAAUGGCGUCUCAAGCAGACCAGUACGUCGAGUUUACGGUCGCUACAUCGUUCCAAUCCCCCACCAGUAAUCCGCUGAAUCUGACGGUGCCCCUUCGGGAGUUGAUUAUCCCACUUGACGACGCAAGUACGCCAGAAGAAGCCAGCCAAUGUGCCUUUGGUAUUGCGCCGUUCCCUAGUCAAUCGUUGACCGAUUCCCCCAUCAACUUUAUCCUCGGAGAGUCCGUUCUACGUUCUUUCUACACCGUUCAUGAUAUGGGCCUGCGUCGUAUUGGAAUUGCUUCUUCUAUACCAAGUGGUGAUAAUAACGACUCAGCCAAUGAGGACAAUGGUUCCAAUGGCAGCGCCGCUGCUGGCCUUAGCCUUAUUCGGUCAUUGGGAUCGGUGGCUGUGGUUGUCGCCAUCACCACUAGCGCGAAUCUGAUGCUAUUCUAAAAAAAAAAGCGUUCCUUUCUGAUGCUUCUAUAACAUUAUUAUUGUUGUUAUUUUUUUUUCUUACUUUGUUUUACAUACUCUACAUAUAUUACCUUUUACUGUAUAUCUUAUACUAUUAUUAAUAAUGCUACUUGUGAGUUAUCUCGCUGUCAUCUUUUUUUUUGUAACCUUUUCAAACUUACAAUCCAGUAUAAGAAUCUUUUUUCUGUAAAUGAUGGACACUGUCACUUUUUCUGUCGCAACGAUUAUGUAUGGUUAUGCUCGCGAUUGGCUACGAACAAAACACAGUAAAAGGCCCGUGCACCUGCAACAAAAUGGUCUGAUGACCUUCCAUGCCAC